AUGUCGUGUUCCAUUUUUUCUCUGGGAAAUUUCCCGACAAACUUCGUUCUCAACGUUCUACAAAUGCAUGGGAAAAUCUCUCCAAAUCAAAAUCUUUGUUUUCCAGAGGAAUUCGCUCCCACAAUCCACAAACUCCAAAAGUUCGCUCGAAUCAUCAACGGAAUCUCUCUUCAACAAGGUCUCACCAAUCAAACUCUUCCGGCUGACGUCUUCAUUUCUGAACUUCUGAACUUUGGAUCCAUCACCCCUUCUCAAAUUUAUGACUUUAACACAGGCGAGUUGUCUCAGUUGGUUAAUAGCAUCCGAAACUUUUCAAUCUCCUUAAAAGUGGACGAUGAGCUUACUAAGAUAGAGAACCGGUUGAUUAUUCUUGGGUCAAUCUACAAAGAAACUCAUAAAGGCCAGAAAGUGGAAAAACUGGAUCCGAAUUAUCUAGAAGCGGCAAAAAAGCUGAAAGCAAGCAACGUUGACUGGAAUAAAUUGAACUCGAUGGUGAAAAUCUUCGCAGACUUAUCAAAUACUAUUAAUGCGUUGAAGCCAUCAGAGCAGAAAAUUGGUCAAUAUCUUUUCAAGCAAUUGAAAUUAGGCUGUGAAACAUUUCAAGAGAAUGACUUUUCUAUCCAAACAGGUGCUCUCAAAGCUGACAUUCUCCGGAAAACUGAGACCUUUGACACUUUGAGCUCAUUUCCGAACAGUGCCAAUAUCUGGAAUGAUGCGAAUAACUACUUCAACGCUAGGAUCCUGACGCUUUCAGCGCUCUCCAAAAUUUUUUCGUCUCGCAUCCACUUUUCGGCAGGAAGAGCCCUAUCACAGACUUCUGGCUUUUCGAAUGGGUUCAGUGAUCUAGAAUCAAUUCAUUCUGAUCUGACAGAUACCUGGGUAAAAGAAGUCUUACAUGGGCAAGCAUCGAAGUUGGCUAUGGACCAGUUGAAAACAAUAGCAAGUAACGCUCGCUCUGUUUCGGAUGCUUUAGGUUCUGAUAGUGUCCUCACAACGAACAAGGUUGCGUCCGAACUGAAGAAGCUGGCUCAGACAAAACCCAAAAUUUCUUCUGUUGCCGUUAAAUUGACUACCAUUCCAAAAGAUGCUCAGCAAUCUAUAACUUUACCAAAAAAUGGCGAUGGUUAUAUGGCUCUUUAUAGAAACAUAAAAGAGUUGGCCGACAAAUUGAUCUCAACAGAUCAGCUCCUAGCGACAUUCUCUGAAUUCAACACGAAAAGAAAAUCUGAAGUUCAAACAAUCAUCAGUCUUACCUCGUCAUACUCUAAAGAGAAUCUGAAGAAAUUAAAAGAAGCGAAAGAAUAUCAAGACCUUUCUCGAACGAUUUUAUCCUUAAAGCCACAUAUCGAUAUGCUUAAAAUGGGCGCUUCUAUUGUGGAACCUCUUGAUGCAGUUAUCAAAGAUAUUGAUCAGGUAAACAUCUUUGUGUCAGAGUUGGAUCCUUUCGCCAAGAUGGUAGAUAUUCUGAAGAAAACUCCAGAACUCGAAAAAGCUGAAGACGUGAUAAAAGUCCUCCGUGAAGCUCGAUCCAUGAAAAUUGAGAGUUUCGGUCCGGUUGCCACCAGACUCAAUGAUCUAAUAACAAAAUUGAAUACUUUCGAAAAAUCUCUCAAUGCAGUUUCUAAUUCAACUAAAGCAAAUGCAUUGAUUGAUUUGAAGGAUUUGUUGCAAGAUUUUCAGAAUAUUGGUUCAUACAGUAGAGUUAUGACAGGAAUGCUGAAGGCGUCGGAGCAAAAGCUGCUGUUAGAUGAGGCAAAAAUCAAUUCGAUUUCCAAAGAAUUCGAUCCAGAUAUCUUCGCCAAAAUCAAUGGGUUGAACGCUUCGCUUCAGAAGACGUACAAUGAAAUUGACACGUUGCGAGACUCCAUGAAAGCUUCAACAACUUCAAAUCUCUCAUCCCUGUACAAUAACUUGGAACAGAUCAAGCUAAUCGGAGGUGUUGUCAUGAAUUUUUUGAAGGUUGGAAGCCUAAAAACGGCUGUAUAG